AUGCCCGUGGUCGUCGCCCUCGUGCGCGCGCUCGACGGCCGAACGCGAUGCGUGGACGUGGAUAUCGACGCGACGAGCGACCGCGACGGGCUCGAUCGCGCGCUGCGCGACGCGUGCGCGCGGACGGACGCGAGGUUGUGUCCGAAGGGCGCCGUCGUGCGAUUCUCUUCGAGAAGAUCGCUUCUCGGACGCGCGCGUGGUGGCUCGACGCACGCGCGGGCGGAGGUCACGGCGACGCUCAUCGGUGGGAAAGGUGGAUUCGGGACGCAGCUUCGAACGGCGGCGAGGCGGGGGCGGCAGACGACGAAUUUCGACGCGUGUCGGGACCUCAGCGGACGACGAUUGCGCGCGGUGAACGGCGAGCGGAAGAUCGCGGAGUGGGAGGCGAGAAAAGAGGAGCGGGAGAAGGAGAUUCAGGCGGAGAAAAUGGCGAGUAAGCAGGCGAGCGUGAGCGGGGAAGCGAGACUGCGAGAGUUGGAGGAGAAGGAAAGGGAGUCGUAUCAGGCGGAGCGAGAGCUCGUGAACGAGAGCGUGAACGCGGCGGUCGCUUCGGGGAUAGGCAAGGCGAUCGCGCUCGAGGCGGCGAAGCGAAAGAGUGCGGCAAAUGGGAAAGAUGUGGUGGAGAGUUGGGACGAGAGUGACGAGAGCGACGACGAUUUCGAUGAUUCAGCGUUGCUCUUUCCGAAAGCAUCGACGGCCAAUAAACGAGCAAGAGUCGCGAGCCCCUCGGCGGAGACGUGCGAGCGAGCAGCCGAGGUUGAGACGCCCAAAACCGCGGAGCGGAAAGCCGAGCGUAACGCGGAACCGGCUUCAACAGCGCCGAAGACGGAGGAAGUUCAAGAGGAAGUGGAACUUGACCUGAAACUCUACUCGUCCAGCGUUGAGCUUGAAGCGCUUGGGUUAGACCGUUUGAAGCGCGAACUCACGAGACAUGGUUUGAAGUGUGGCGGAACCAUCACGCAGCGCGCGGAGCGGCUUUUCCUAUUGCGCGACAAGACGCGCGAUGAGCUCGACAAGAAACUUUUUGCAAAGUAA